AUCAGAAAAUGAGUUAGGUAGUCUAUUGGUUCACGUAGUUGUCGCUUUUCUACCUGAGUCAUUUUAUUGGCUAUAAGACUGCGAACUGCUUCCCGAACAGUGACGGAAGUAGUUGCCGGAAGAUGGUAGGCGGGGCCCAAUGCAUCCAAUGACUGGAAGCUCUUACGAGGACGAGGGUGGUACUCUGUGAAAGUAACUGUCCAAUGAAAGUCAUUAACGCCAGAUCCCGGGUAACGCAGGAGCCGAGGGUGCUAUGGAGAAUUUCACGGCGCUGUUUGGAGCUCAAGCUGAGCCCCCACCGCCCCCAAGCACCCUAGGCUUCGGGCCGGGAAAGCCGCCCCCGCCACCUCCACCGCCUCCGGGAGGUGGUCCGGGCACGGCCCCGCCCCCGACUGCGACCUCGGCCCCCGCGGGCGCAGACAAGUCGACUGCUGGAAGCGGGCCCUUUUACCUUAUGCGGGAAUUGCCGGGCAGUACAGAGCUGACCGGCAGCACCAAUUUAAUCACACACUACAACCUGGAACAGGCCUAUAAUAAAUUCUGUGGGAAGAAAGUGAAAGAGAAGCUAAGUAACUUCCUGCCUGACCUGCCAGGGAUGAUUGAUCUCCCUGGCUCCCAUGACAACAGCAGCCUCCGCUCCCUCAUUGAGAAGCCUCCUAUUCUUAGUAGCUCUUUUAAUCCCAUCACAGGGACCAUGCUGUCUGGUUUCCGCCUCCAUACUGGCCCGUUGCCAGAGCAGUGUCGGCUGAUGCACAUUCAGCCUCCCAAGAAGAAGAAUAAGCAUAAGCAUAAACAGAGCCGGACCCAGGACCCUGUGCCCCCAGAAACUCCAUCUGAUUCAGAUCACAAAAAGAAGAAAAAGAAAAAAGAAGAGGACCCUGAACGGAAAAGGAAGAAGAAAGAGAAAAAGAAGAAGAAGAACCGACAUAGUCCAGACCACCCAGGUAUGGGCAGCUCCCAGGCCAGCAGCAGCAGCAGCCUCCGCUAACAGAAUCACUGAACUCUGCCAAGGAUGGCUUUCCUGUUAUAUUGAACCUGCUGACAAAAACUGUCUUCCAGGCACGUGGGCACUGCCUCGGGGCAUCCAACAGCUAGACAGAGGCCAGCCCCUGCUGUGCUUGUGACUAAUAUACUUUAGAGAAGUGCCA